AAACAAACACACAGAAGAAGAGGAGGAGAGAGAAAAUACAGAGAAGCGUAGAGAGAGAAAGAAGGAGCGUAGAGAGAGAAAAAGCUUGAGAUCGUUUGGCUAUGGUGGUAGCGCGUUUAAGCCUUUACUGAGUCAACUCGUUUACAGUCGAUUUUAAUCGCGCGAUUCCCCGUCGUUCACCGGAGAAGUAUUUUCCGGCGACGGUCAGGGUUUGCUUUCAGUUGUAUUGAAGAGAGAGAAAGAAGAGCGUGAAGGAGAGAAGAUGAUGAUGAACGGAAAUGGAUACAGUGGAGUUGAAGAGGAGUACAUAAGGAUACACCAUAAGCAUGAGCCUGCGGAUAAUCAAUGUAGUUCGGUUUUAAUUAAGCACAUUAAAGCUCCUGUUCAUUUGGUUUGGUCGUUAGUGAGGAGAUUCGAUCAACCUCAGAAGUAUAAGCCAUUUGUUAGCCGAUGCGUGGUGCAGGGAAAUCUUGAGAUUGGAAGUGUAAGAGAGGUUGAUGUGAAAUCAGGGCUUCCAGCGACUACGAGCACUGAGAGAUUGGAGGUUCUUGAUGACAAUGAGCAUAUUCUCAGUAUCAGGAUUGUUGGUGGAGAUCAUAGGCUAAGGAACUACUCUUCUGUGGUGUCCCUACAUCCGGAGAUCAUCGAGGGAAGGCCUGCAACAAUGGUGAUCGAGUCAUUUGUUGUUGAUAUACCAGAAGGAAACACCAAAGAUGAAACCUGCUUCUUUGUUGAAGCUUUGAUCAAGUGCAAUCUGAAGUCACUUGCUGAUGUGUCUGAACGUUUAGCCGUACAAGACCGAACCGAGCCGAUUGAUAGGAUGUGAUUAGAAGAAGCUUGAUGUGAUUCUCUCUCCAUGGAUGAAACUACCAAGGUGUGUUCGGAUUGCAUACGCAGGCCUUGGGGUCGACUGGUACUACCUGUUUUCCAAGUGGUUUUGCAUUCUCCUUUAAAGAAUCACAACUGAUAAAAGUGUGUUUAAAAGGAAAAGUCAAGUCUUUACCGGUCUCAUUCUAUGCGUCGAAAUCCAUGCUUUCUAGUUUGUAUAUAAACAUGUGGUCAAACGGGUGAAUGUAGAUCUCUCUGUUGCAGUAGUAGUAUUACAUAUUAUGUGGAGACAUUAUAGAGGUAAUUCCCAAUAGUUAGUCAUUAAUCACAUUAGGGUAUAGGGAGGCUUGUAAGUAGUGUUUCUUCUCAGUGCCAUAAAUUUAUCUGUCAUUUUGUGAAUUACUGUCAUUUUUCUCUUUAA